CCCCUGUCCCUUGAGUAUACGUGUCAAGUGCGAAUAUGGUUGCUUCCAACUUCCAAAGUGCAGCCGUCUCGGGUAUCAAGAGCAACAAGAUCCGCAACUUACCGUGACCCUAACAGACCAUACCUCGGACGCGUGAGGACACCCUGUCCUAGGCUUGAGAGCCGAUGUCGUCGUGGUUCGAAACCAGGGAGUGCACAUCAUCGCUCUUACAAGACCCGAGUGCACCGCUCUCAGGGGGUGAUUUUAAUGCAGAUUUAA